UGGCCGCGAUCAGACGAUAGUAAAAAGUAAAGAACAAAUUUGGAGUAAAUCAGAAAUUUUCUACACCAUUAAGUCAAAGUCGUUAUUGGAAGUCCAAACUAUGGAUAAAGACGCCUCCAUACAGAAUGGUGCCCUGUUGGAAUCACCUGUCAGUGGUGGUGACGGACUACCAAAUACUGAUGAAGAUAUAACACAGGAUGAAACUAAAAGAAAGUCUUUCCUUCAGAGAAUUAGACAGUCGUCAUACAGAUCCAAAUUUAUUCAGAGUGUUUCACUUUCUUUUGCUUUCUGGUGUUUAGGUAUUCAAUUUGGUCAGAGGGGUCCAUCAUUCUUGGAUAUCCAACUAAUAACUAAUACUAAUGUGGAGAAAGCUUCCACGUUUUUUACUGCUGCUUCUGUAGGCUAUCUGUGUGGUUCCUUACUAGGUGGCGUGCUGUAUGACAGAUUUAACAAGACGCUUCUACUGUGUUUGAUUUUAGUAUUCAUGGCUGUCACGGUCGCCGUACUACCACUGUGUUCACCAUAUGGUCUGAUGCUGGUGAUCUUCUGGGCUAAUUCGUGUUUUAUGAGCGGAUUGGAUACAGCUGGAAACGCUCGACUUAUUUCUCUUUGGGGAGAAAAGGAAGGUAGGCCAUACAUGCAGGCCGCGUCGUUUGCAUUUGCAUUUGGUGGAGUGAUCUCCCCCUUAUUGACAGCACCAUUCCUUGCACCUAAACCGGAAGAGAUAUCAAACAACUCAUUGUCAAUAGGUUUUACAGCCGGGACGACUACGCUAUUAGAUUAUAACAUCACCAAUGAUAAUUCAACUCUAGGAAACAAUAUCACCACCGUUGCUGAACCUAUUGAAACUAAAUUAAUCUAUGCUUAUAUAAUAUCUGGUAUUGUCACCUUACUAUCCGCCAUUCCUUUCAUGGUGAUAUAUUGUCGUUACAAGUCACAGAAGAUGAAGAGGAAUCAACACAAGAAGAAGGAUGAAGACGAACUACCAAGAGAUCUUCCUUGGAAUUUUUUUAUAAUGGCCGUUGUCGUUUUAAAUCUGUUCUAUUUAACGUAUUGUGCUGUAGAGGACACUUUUGCAUCUUACUUAAUGACUUUUGUGGUAAUGCAACUGAACUGGAGUAAGGCGAAGGGUACGCAGGUCAAUGCCGUAUUUUGGGCCGCUUUUGCUGUAGGGCGAUUUACAGGAAUUUUCGUCAUACGUUGUUUUCGACCGGGUGUAAUGAUAUUUAUAUUCCUAGCAAGUUUAAUUUUAAACUUGACGGGUUUUUUACUAUGUUCGCAUUAUCAAAUACACAUAGGAAUUUGGAUUUUUGCCAUUUGUAUCGGGCUUUCAAUGUCCGUUAUAUUUCCUACAGGGUUCACCUGGGCUCACGAAAACCUCCUCAACGUAAAUGGUAAAGUCUCAUCUAUUAUAUUAAUAGGUGCGUCAACCGGUACCAUGAUCAAUCCUAUUAUUAUGGGGUAUUUGAUGGAAGAGUUAACUCCCAUGUGGUACUGUUAUCUAUUAGUCGGUGAGAGUGUUUUAUGUCUUGCAAUCUUUGUCGUUUUGUUAUUUGUGGCUAAAUAUGUAUCAGGACCCAAACGUAUCAUCACAGCUACCACAAUAGAAGUUGAGUCACCGCAGGCAGAAUCUGUUAACAGGGGCACACCUUGCAUACCAAAUAAUAUUAUAUCAUCUGAACUAUGACAUUCCAUAUUAAAUAAUUUUAGUAAUUGUUUGGUUAUUACAUAAUGUGAUAUAAAUACUAUUUAUUAUUGUUAUGUUCAAAAUCGAUAAAUGAGAGUCUGGAUGUUCGAGUGUGUCUGAGUGGAAGCGCGUGUUGCUAGGUGAUUGACUAUUAUAGGAUGUGAAAGCGGACGCAUGGUGACCGGUGAGCCAAGCCCUCGCGUGUGUGUGUAAUGGGGGUUGACACUCAACUUUCCUUUAUUAUAACGGUGAAUUGUGAACUCAAUAUAUAUUCUGUGUGAAUGAAUAUGUAUGGUGAAUCUUUUAUAAGGUGAAUUUAGACCUUUUACUUGGUCAUUUGUGUGAUGUGAUCAAACCGUGAACUGUACUUUUCUCUGAACAUUUUCCUGUUUUGUAUGACAUUUAUUUAGUUUAUAAUAUACUAUAGUUGGAAAUAA